CAGCCCGCCCGGGCCCGGGGCCGCCGCUGCCGCCGCGUGCUACUGUUGCUACUACAGUGUGGGUGCAGCCGAUGCGCCGCUCGCUGCCGCUGCUGCAGCUGCUCAGUAGCCCGGCCCUCGGCACCAUCGCCCCGGCCUGUUGCAGCACCCGUCCCCUCUGCACCACCACCCGUGCCCUCUGCACCAGCGCCCCGGCCCGUUGUAUCACCGCCCCGGCCCGCAGCCUGCGGAGCGGUUCCAGAGGACCAAUGAAGUACAUUUUGGUGACGGGCGGGGUGAUCUCGGGCAUCGGCAAAGGCAUUAUUGCCAGCAGCAUCGGCACCAUCCUGAAGUCCUGUGGCCUCCGUGUGACUGCGAUCAAGAUCGACCCCUAUAUCAACAUCGAUGCGGGCACAUUCUCACCCUACGAACAUGGUGAGGUGUUCGUGUUGGACGACGGAGGGGAGGUGGACCUGGACCUGGGAAACUACGAGCGUUUCCUUGACAUCCGCCUGACCCGCGACAACAACAUCACCACCGGGAAGAUCUAUCAGUGGGUCAUCAACAAGGAACGCAAAGGGGACUACCUGGGCAAGACGGUGCAAGUGGUCCCACACAUCACGGAUGCGAUCCAGGAGUGGGUGUUACGCCAAGCCCGUAUCCCCGUCGACAGCGAUGGGGUGGAGCCCGAAGUCUGCGUUAUCGAGCUGGGCGGAACUGUGGGUGACAUCGAGAGCAUGCCUUUCAUUGAAGCAUUUCGCCAGUUCCAGUUUAAAGUUAAACGAGAGAACUUCUGCAAUAUUCACGUCAGUUUGGUGCCGCUGGUUCCUGGCAGUGCCUCUCUGAAACAGCCAAGUACCACCGGAGAGCAGAAGACCAAACCAACGCAGAAUAGCGUUCGAGAACUUCGUGGCCUCGGCUUGUCGCCAGACUUGAUUGUGUGCCGGUGUACCACCCCCAUGGAGAAGGCCGUCAAGGAGAAGAUCUCAAUGUUCUGCCACGUGGAACCGGAGCAGGUUAUCUGUGUGUACGACGUUUGUUCCCUUUACCGAGUUCCCCUGUUGCUGGAAGCGGAAGGCGUUGUCGGCUAUUUUAAGGGAAGACUCAAUCUCAAUUAUGAAGCUAAACCAAGAAAGCUUCUCAGCAAGUGGAGGGAAAUGGCAGACAGGUAUGAUCGCACGUUGGAGAUUUGUUCCAUUGCAUUGGUGGGGAAGUACACCAAGCUGUCCGACUCCUACGCCUCUGUGAUCAAGGCUUUGGAACACUCCGCACUAGCCAUUCAUCAGAAGCUGGAGGUGAAGUAUAUCGACUCAGCGGACCUGGAGCUGGCUAGACAGGAGGAAGAUCCGGUGAAAUACCACGAGGCGUGGCAGAACCUGUGCAGUGCCAAUGGAGUUCUGGUGCCUGGAGGUUUCGGUGUUCGUGGGACAGAGGGAAAGAUUCUCGCCAUUGCCUGGGCAAGAAAACAGAAGAAGCCAUUUCUGGGUGUGUGUCUCGGCAUGCAGCUGGCUGUCGUGGAGUUCGCACGGAAUGAGCUGAACUGGUCAGAUGCCAAUUCUACCGAGUUUGAUGCCAACACAAGCUAUCCUGUGGUGAUCGACAUGCCUGAACACAAUCCCGGUGACAUGGGUGGAACCAUGAGGCUUGGCAAACGGACCACCAUACUCAAGGACAAGAACUCCGUCCUCUGGAAGUUGUACAAGGAAUCUGACUCGAUAGAGGAAAGACACAGACACCGAUACGAGGUAAAUCCAGAAAUGAAGAAAAGUUUUGAAGAGAGGGGAUUGCGGUUUGUUGGUCAGGACGUGGAAGGAGAACGUAUGGAGAUUGUCGAGCUGGAUGAUCACCCCUACUUUGUGGGGGUCCAGUACCACCCUGAGUUCACCUCCAGACCCAUGAAGCCAUCGCCACCAUACUUUGGUCUCGCCCUAGCGGCUGCAGGAAGGUUGCAGUGUUACCUGGAGAAGGGCUGCAGGUUGUCCCCCAGGGACACCUACAGUGACCACAGUGGCAGCAGCUCCCCAGAUUCUGAGAUUGUUGACAUGAAGCUGCCGACUAACCUAACACACGUGUAAUAAGCGGUAUCGAUUAUUUGAUCAGAACUCGGACACCUGAUGCCUCGCCUGCAACAUCUUUUUAUUUUUGCAGUAUUAACAUGAUGGUCUAUUGGCUUCAUAUUGUUGGGGGGAGGGGGUGGGGGGGGUCAUUUGUUUAUCUGUGCGCAUAUAUAUAUAUGUGUGUGUGUGUUUUCCUUUUGCUCAUUGUAGAGGUUGAAUCUUUUUUAACGAAUGGGUCUGUAGGCUGCGUCUAUUAUUAAUCCGUCAUUUUCUACUGCUGUGUGGCGUUAGAAACAUGGAACGAGGACUGGAGUUGGAAGAGACCGCUGACUAAAAUACUCCAGUUUAAGAAGGAACUGCGGAUGCUGGAAAAAUCGGAGGUAGACAAAAAUGCUGGAGAAACUCAGCAUCUAUGGAGCGAAGGAAAUAGGUCUCGGGACGAGACUUCUUCUUCAAAAUAUUCCAGUUCCUGGUUAAAUUGUUCAAACUCGUCAGUUUUACUCAGCACUACCUCGGAGGGGAUACGAGCAUCUAUGUAACGCAACGCUCUGUUUUACUUCAGCUGCUUGACCUGUCUCAGGCCAUCUCUCUCGUCUCUCACCCGCGUGACUGGGGUGGAAGCGGGGAAGCCAUGCGAUUGUCCUGUUCGACUCGUGCCAAAAACACUUGGUGUAAACCUACGGGUCAGCCGAUGAAAAGCUAAUUUAUAUUUUACAUACUGGGGUGAAAAUAUUUGAUUUUUGUCUACAAAACGCAAGUAAAGGCCGAUUGCUCAAAGGAGACUUUGGUGCACUUCCAGAG